AGUUGUUUGCCACCCAGUUCACCAAUAAAGUCUCACUUAUCUUCCGACGAAACAUAUGACGAUAAACACUACGCGAUUCUUCAAAGUCAUUCAUUACUUUUCGACGAAAGAUAUGAAGAUCUAUUUGAGUCCACCCGGUUGAAAAGUUUCAAAAAUUGGCCAUGGAUAAGCGGUUUAUGGAUAAAGCCAGAGAAACUCGCGGCGGCUGGGUUUUAUUAUACUGGAGAGAGCGACAAGAUACAAUGUUUCGAAUGUCCAAUAGAAAUAUAUGGCAAAUGGCAGGUGGAUGACAAUCCAGUGGCCUAUCAUCAACAAUGGUCUGGGGAGUGUCGGUUUAUUCGUAAUAUUCCGUGCGGCAACGUGCCGAUCGGUACAGAUCCUAACACGAUUCCGGCAUUUGUGCGUUACGACGAUGUUUAUGGAAUAUUUAGCGAGGGAUAUUACUCUAAAGGAUUAGUGAUUUGUAAAUUGAAAGGGAUGGCCUCAAGACCGAAGCGUCCCGGAAGUGUCAGUCGUGAGGCGAGCAUAGCGAUAGCGAUGGCCUUAAGACCGAAGCAUCCCGAAUAUGCCAGUUAUGCUGUGAGAUUAGCCUCGUUCGACAGAUGGCCUAAAGCAAUGUCACAAACUAAAGAGACACUGGCAACUGCUGGUUUCUAUUACACGGGAAGUGGCGAUCAAACAUUGUGCUAUCACUGUGGUGAAAAAUUAAGGGAUUGGGAGCCAGAAGAUGAUCCGUGGGUAAAGCACGUGGGUAAGAGGUUCGAAUAUUGUCCUUAUGUGUAUUUAAUUAAAGGGACGGAAUUUGUAAGCAGCAUUUCUGGGAGAACGGGUAUCCGAGCAGAGAACAUAUUAUCUGAAAUUAAUAAAUUGAACGAGAAAAUUGAGAAAAAUAUUGAUGCUGAGAGUAUUGCUAGCGGAAGCUCUCAAAACUCGAUCUAUUCUGAAGAAACUAAUACCGCAGAAGUAAGUGCCGCAUCAGGAGAAGCUAGCAGCGAACAACAAUCUGUCCAAGGUGACAAGCGAUGCGACAUGGAACCAUGCAAAAUUUGCUACAGUAGAGAAGUACGGAUCUUAUUCAUGCCAU